AUGCCCACCGGCGAGAGGGCAGCGUUUUGUAAGUACCACCAGUCAGACACUCAUUGGACAGAAGACUGUUCAAUGUUGAAAAAUAGGGUUGCCAGCCUAGCAGGAAGUAGGGAGCUUGAACAAAUGUUGGCUGAGUAUCUCAAGCCUAUGAGAAGAGAAGGUCGUCAACGUGAACCCAGACGAAGUAGAAGUCCCAAACGACAAAAACCAAAGAGAGAGAGAGAGAAAGAACAGAGACACAACACCCCUCAGCCACAUGAUCGAGACCAAGCUCCUUUUGGGGAAAUCCGCACGAUAGCAAGAGGGUUCACCGGUGGGGGUGCAACAGUGUCCAGCAAAAAAGCUCAUGCUCGCAAAGCAAGGUAUCACGAGACCAUGUGGUUUGGACAUUCUAUUGGGGUAUUUCAAGUCAUGUUCCCCCACGACGACGCCUUGGUUGUCACCCUCCUAAUAGGCAACUACACGACCAGGCAGGUCCUAGUUGACAACGGGAGCUCAAUCAACAUCUUAUUUUGGGAUACUUUCAUUAGAAUAGGCAUUAACCCUGAUAGGUUGUGCCCUUCACCAUCUCCCCUGAAUGGGUUCUCAGGAAAAGCUUUCCAACCCAUGGGUGCCAUCGCGCUACCAGUCGUAGUUGUCCAAGGUGCCCACAUAGUUACCACAAUGACGGAUUUUUUGGUGGUCAAAGCUCCGUCGUCUUACAAUGCCAUAUUAGGUAGACCAACCCUGAACGACUUAAAGAUAGUCACCCCUAUCUACCACUUAAAGAUGAAAUUCCAAACAGAAACAGGCAUCGAUGAGGUUCGUGGAGAACAACUCCUUGCGCGGAAAUGUUAUGUUCAGGAGCUGAAGGCAGAGGGCGCCUAG